UCCUUGAAUACAAGUCUUCGAGUCUUCCUCAUUCGUCGUUCUUCGCACCUCACUUCCCCCACCUCGUCUCUUCCACCGAAGUCCACUUCCACGCGCGAUCCGAGGACGAAACCCCAUUUAUCUCGACGAGGAUCGCUCCUCCUCUUCUUCGUCACCUCGCGAGAUCGAGAUCUCCCGAUCCUCCCGAUCCCUUCUCGCCCGAUCGUUUAAUCGAUCCGUGAGUGAUCAGUAUGGGCGACAAAGAUGUUAAUGGGAGCUCUACUAUCAAUGAGCUAUUAUCCAUGGUCUCUUAUGAUCAAUGGGUUUUAGUCAAUCCCUCUGGAGUGCGCCCAUCGGGUCGUUAUAAGCAUGCAGCUGAAGUGGUCGAGGACAAGCUCUAUGUGAUUGGAGGGAGUCGCAAUGGCCGUUAUCUAGCUGACGUUCAGGUUUUUGAUAUCAGAAGUUUGGAAUGGUCAAAUAUAAGUGCAAACAUGGAUACAAAAUCUACUAAAUCAGAUAGUUUUGUCUCAGAUCAAGCCUUUCCGGCAUCUGCAGGGCACAGUUUGGUUAAAUGGGAAAAUAAGCUUGUGGUUGUUGCUGGGCAUUCCAAGGAAUCAUCAGAUACUGUCAGAGUUUGGUUGCUCGAUUUAGAAACAAACAGCUGGUCUGCUGUAGAUACCUCUGGAAAAGUUCCGAAAGCACGAGGAGGGCAAUCUGUGACAUUGGUUGGAUCUAGGCUUAUCAUGUUCGGUGGAGAAGAUAACAGUAGGAGGCUGUUGAAUGACCUUAAUAUUCUGAACUUGAAGACCAUGACUUGGGACUUAGCAGAAACCAAGAAAGCAGCUCCAGCACCCAGAUUUGAUCACACAGCUGCAAUGCUUGGGAACCAAUAUCUUCUAACAUUUGGCGGUUCAUCUUAUUCUACUUGUUUCAAUGAUCUGCACAUACUUGACUUGCAAACUAUGGAGUGGUCUCAACUAGAAAGUCAGGGUGCAUAUGUGACUCCCAGGGGUGGUCAUGCUAGCACCAUAAUUGAUGAGAAAUGGUACAUAGUUGGUGGUGGAGACAACAGAAGUGGUGCUAUUGAGACCGUUGUUUUGAACACCUCCAAGUUUGUGUGGUCAGUGGCCACGAGCGUAAUGGAACGACAUCCACUUGCUAGCGAGGGCCUCGCCCUUUGCUCAACUAUCGUAGAUGGAGAAAAGAUUUUGAUGGCCUUUGGUGGUUACAAUGGGAAGUACAGCAAUGAGCUUUUUGUCAUGAAACCAAAGCCAAUAAACUCAUUGCAACCUCGGCUUCUUCAAUCACCAGCUGCAGCUGCUGUAUCAGCUUCUGUCACUGCUGCGUAUGCUGUAAAUACAGCUGCUGACAAAAGCAUUGAGAUUAAGCAUCCAGAUGAAUCAAAUAUGAGGGGAGUUCAAUUCGAGAAAACUCUCAACAUUGAAAUCAAAAUUGAUGCACUAAAUGCAGAAAAGAAGAUUCUAGUGUCUAGAAUUGAAGAUGCAAGAGAUGAAAAAUUGAGACUAAAGUACAAUCUCGAAGAGAUGAACAAUUCAUAUGACGAAUUGGUAAAGGAACUUCAAUCAGUGCGAGGGCAACUGGCUGCUGAGAGUGCAAGAUGUACCAAACUAGAGGCACAAAUUGCACCAGCCAAGAAAAGGUUGGAGUCACUUAGUUCCCUCGAGCAGGAGCUUGAAGCCCUACGGCGUGAAAAAUCUCAAGUAGAAGAAGAAAUAGCUGUUGCUCAGAGGCAAAGGUCUGGAGGUAUUUGGCAAUGGCUGACGGGAGCAGAAAACAACCUUGAAGAGUAGACACUAGAUAGCACAUACUGCUGCUGCUGGAGGGACUUGUAUGAAGAAGGAAGAUGCUACAAUUUCGAAGUGAUGGCCUGUUGGUUUUGAGCCACCAAUUGCUUCCUUAAUAUCUUUCCGGCUGCUGACCUUGGGAUACUUUCUAUGAAGGCAACCUUUCUGAUCUUCUUAUAGGGAGCCACCUGAUACGUAUUCCAGAACACAAUGGAUAAGAUAUUUAGUUAUUGGCAAAAUAUAUUUAUAACAAUUUAUAGAUAUACACCAAAUUGAGGGAUAAGGAAAAGAAUAAGUGUUUAUUCAUUGUCUGCAAUAAUAUGAUUCUCAGUUCAUACAGAUUUUUGUAUACUGAUUUAUAGGCUACUGUGAGAAAAAACUGUUGUGUAUUCAAAAUUAUUCUCUUCUUCAAAAA